AUCACGAGUGUGUGACAGCAUGAGACAGGGGUGCCGCAUUGAGAACCUAUAGCAGAUACGUAUGUCUCCUCUCUAGUUGUUUUUCUUUGGCUUUGCGGACAGUUUCUGAUCACAUUUCUCUGAAGCUGUAAGAAAGACCUUUGUAUUGAAACGCAUCAGCUUUGAAUAACAGGGCACCAUGAAUUGGAAAGAAUAAAUCUAGUUGUAGUCCUGUUUUGGGGUGUUGCUAUCUUUUACAUUUUUGGAAGACUACAGCAACAGCUCCAGCAUGUUAACCAGAAUGGCAUAUCUUCAUGCUGUGGGUUUGGCCCUUCUAGCUCUGGCAGGCUGGUUGUCCCUUUGUGCUGCUGAUGUGGGGGACUUCGCCCCAUGUCUGAACUUCUUCUACAGGUCGUGGCCCCCCAAGGGUCUGUCAGGGACCCCCAUCUGUCAGCGCUAUGGGAACCAGUACCACUUCGCCUCGCUGUACAGCCGCCCACGACGCUCGCCAAGGUUCUCUGCCUACAUGUUCAGCCCGCCAGAAGGGAAAAGGCCCCCAGCAAACUGGAUGUUUGAGCCACAGUUAGCCAACGCCACAGCGGAUGGCAACAUGACCCCCUUCCCACUAGGUGAGCUGGAUCCGAAUGUGGUGAACAGCCAGGCCGUCCAGCUGGACUAUACCAACUCCUCCUACACUCGGGGGCACCUCAACCCCAGCCUUCACCACCGGACCCAGGAGGACCGCUUGUCCACCUUCACCCUGACCAACGUGGUCCCUCAGAAGGUUGGCUCCAACAACGGGCCCUGGGAGACACUGGAGAACCAGGUCAACCACACUCUCGGCUCCUACUGCCUCGGUGUGGCCUACGUUGUGACGGGGGUUAUUCCCUACCUGGACAACAAGCACUGGAUCAAGGGUCAUCGAGUGGCAGUGCCGGAGUACAUGUGGUCAGCCUACUGUUGCCCUAAGUACAACAAGAGUCUACUUAACAAGGUUAAUCUUAGCAAGGUUUUCCCCACGUAUGCUGCUAUUGGACGCAAUGACCCAAACAGCACAGAAGAGAUUGUGCCCAUUGACAAAAGCAGUCACAAAUGUUUCUGGGGUUACGAUGUAAGGCGUAUGCCUCUGGAUACGUUGGAGAUGUACCUGAAGGAGCGAUUUGGGACCGUCAUCAGUGUGUUUUAUGAACAAUGCUCUGGGGUAAAAUGACCAUAUCAAAGAGAAGACGAUCAAACUUGACUAUCUAGAGGAAGUAAAAGUCGUAACAAGGUUUCCGUAGGUGAACGUGCGGAAGGAUCAUCCAAAAUCAUCCAUAUGCAUAUCUAAUAGAUUAUCAAAUUCAUGUAAUGGAUCAUGUGUGCAUAGACAGCAAAAUUACAUUUUUUUCAAUUAAUUUGGCACUAAUAUCAAGUAGUAUGUCUUCAAUUUUAGCACACGUGCUCUUAAAAUUGUCUAGAUUUCUCAACAGUCUAGGUAAGAAGUAAAUCACGGAUAUCAAAAAUAUGGUAAAACUGUAUAUAUAACAGUGUCAAAAUAAUGAAAUACGCAUGAAAUGUGUCCCAAAUGUCAUAAUAAAAUGUCACUGAAUGUCAAA